AUGACUUACUGCUUACGACAAUGGCGUCUUCAACAUCUAGAGCAGACUCUAUCAAUUCUAGACCUGCGGAUGGGAGAAUCCCAGCAGCAUUUCACCUCGCUGCCUGAGGCUGGACCGCAUGGCGAGCUCCGACCAAUCAGAGCGCCGGAUAUGCUUUCGGACGACGGCUGA